GGGAGAGUCCAGAAUGUGGCAUUCAGGCAGAGGAGGGGAAGCUGGAGCCGCGGGACCACCCGAACCCGUUUAAAGGAGCCGAACUGGACCUACAGUCCGGAACCGUGAAGAACCCACAGCCGGUGCCUUCUGGGUCCAGGUCCUGUCGGACUUUUCCCGCGGCUCUUCCCGGGAGUUUGGUGGAUUUAAAGUUUCAGCCUGAAGGUCCUUCUGAAGAGGAAGAGGAGGCUGCUACUCAGGAUGAAGCUCUGAGGAAGAGGGCGAAGAGGAGGAGGGAUCUCAGUGAAGCCGGUUCGGUCCGGUCCAACCCGAGGAGGAAGAGGAGGAUGGGGAAGGAGCAGGAGCUUCUCCAGGCGGUGAAGAGCGGAGACCUGCUGUCCACCCAGAAGCUGCUGACCCGGCUGAGGACCGGCAGGAACAAGCUGCUGGGCUCCACCAAGAGGCUGAACAUCAACUUCCAGGACUCGGACGGCUUCUCGGCGCUGCACCAUGCUGCCCUCACCGGAACCACGGAGCUGCUGGCGGCGCUGCUGGAGGCUCAGGCCGCCGUCGACAUUAAAGACACCAACGGAAUGCGACCGCUGCAUUACGCCGCCUGGCAGGGGAAGGCCCAGUCCGUCCUGACGCUGCUCCGAUCCGGAGCGUCGGUCAACGGCGCCUCCAUGGACGGACACAUCCCGCUGCACCUGGCGGCCCAGUAUGGGCACUACGAGGUGUCGGAGAUGCUGCUGCAGCAUCAGUCCAACCCGUGUCUGCUCAACCGGGCCAAGAAGACUCCUCUGGACCUGGCUUGUGAGUUCGGACGGGCCAAGGUGGUCCAGCUGCUCCUGAGCAGCAACAUGGUGGCGGCGUUGUUGGAGGAUGAGAGGAAGGAGCCGACAGACUCCGCCUACACCACGCCGCUGCACCUGGCGGCUCGCAACGGACACAAAGACGUCAUACGGUGAGGAAACCGGAUCAGAACCAGAGUCCAGUCUCGGGUCCAGCAGAAAUCAAAUAAA